AUGGACUGUUUUGUGGGCUUUGCACAUGCCCCGGCUACUGCAAUCUUUCGCCGACCUGUAACCUACACUACUUCAAGAACAUAUAGAAAUGGCGGGUUGAGAUUGAGAGCAAAACUCGUCGAAGAAAAUGACCCAUUACUUCAAUCCGCCUUGGAUUCAGCCUCUCUUCGUUUCCGAGAAACCCAUCGACCAGGCAAGCCCGUAUCCUCUGUAUUUGACACUUUUCUUUUUCAGUGGGAGCCUCUCUUUGUUGAUCCGUAUGCCGGUUGUUUUGUUGCUCCUAAUGCUCAGAUGGAUAUGAAGCAAUCCUCGGACCAUUAUUGCCUUGCAACUAAAUUCAUUGAUGAUAAGUUGCUCCGUACAGUGAACCAUAUUGAUGGACUUAAGCAGGUUGUUUUGCUAACAGAUGGCAUGGACACCCGUCCAUAUAGGCUUAGUUGGCCAACUUCAACCAUUAUAUUUAAUAUAUCUCCAGAACGGGUAUUCAAAAGAGCAGCUGAAAAGCUUCAAGGUGUUGGGGCAAAGAUUCCAAGAAGCUGCGUAUCCCUUCAUGUUCCUUUGGAAUCCUCCAACAUACAGCAAAGUCUGCGUGCUAAAGGCUUUAACGGCAAUCACCCUAGUAUAUGGGCCAUGCAGGGGCUCCCUGUGAUGACAUUAGCAAGUUUUGAGGACAUAUUGCUCACCGUAAGUGGUUCAGCCAUGAACGGAUGUUUUUUCUUGGGAGAAUUGCCUGCUUGGUUGGCAGAAACUGAAAUAGGGAUCAAGACUAGUGCAAGGAAAUGGAUGGAGAAAUUAUUCAUGAACAAUGGCUUUCGGGUGGACAUGAUUUGCUAUGAGGAAGUUGCGAGGAGUUUAGGCAAGGACUUAGCAUCAGGAAGCUAUAAGAAUAUACUAUUUUCUGCGGAACAACUGCGGUUUUCUGAUGAUCAGAUGGAAACUUGGAGGAAGGAAUUUCAAAGAGCCGAGGAAGAAGGGGACGAGGAAGGCUUCGAAGAGCUCUAA